AUGUACCCAUUGACUAAAGUUGAACUAAAGGCCUCAAAGAUACAACAAGAUAACCAGAAACAGCAGAUCUUAAGUCAAAACUAUAAAGCUAAAGCUCAACAGAUAUGGGAGUGGGCUCUUGAAGACAAAGACACUUCCUCGUUAUUUAACGAAACUACUACUAAUGUUCCGUCGUAUCCUCAUCCUGUGACUAACUAUAAUGAGCUUCGACUGGAAGUUGGAUCGUUAACAUACUCCAAUAAACAAUUGGAGUCUAUCAUGUUAUUUGUUGCUACCUAUUGGAUUAAUACUGUGAUAGUAGAGUUAAAUAUACGUAAACUAUUCCAAGAUAAGCAAGUGGUCCAGAAACUACCAGCAUCUUCACUUAUAUGGAGAGAAAACUUGCUCUACAAUAUAAAGGAUCCUAUUCGGAAACCAGAGAUAAUGAACUUAUUACAAGAAUUAGUUGGGAAGGAAUUUGAGAAUGAGAAAGCAAUAUCAAAAUUGUUGGAUGGGAACCAACUUGGGGGGUUUGGUCUAGGAGAAGAAUAUGGUACUUCAGAGUGUUUCAACUCAUUACAAGUGUUGAGAACCUUUUACCAUAAUUACAGAGCUCUGUCUGACCAUUUUGGUUAUCCUGAAUCAGAUGUCAUUGCUGAGCUUAAAUCAGAAACAUUCAUUAAAUUUGAAUCUCCUCAUAUCGAUUCUUCAGAAUAUGAAUUGCUUAUUGCCAAUGCAUUUGAGAAAUAUCAUUCAACGGUUAAAAGAAACCCACUUAAUAGUCGAUUAGAACUAAUCCUUUCACUUUCAUCAGGGUUACUUCGAGGCUCAAAAUUCACUCCUUCAUUAUCAAUAUUCAAAUUAAUCUUAGAUAAGCUUGGCCAGGCUGGACUUUUCAAUUACCAAUCCAUAGUCUUUGAUGCCCUUUGUUCUCCAGAUUGGAGUAGAUCACUACUUGGGACUCCUGUUGAAGAUACCAAUGUUAUAACUAUUAAACCUGGUCGUAUUGCAGCUCAAUAUAGAAAUUUGGUCCAAUCACAUCCUGAAUUUUUAACCAGUUUAAUGACUUACGCAGCAGACCGGAAAGAUGAACUACUUUUCCUAGAGUUUCUUGCAUUUUUAAGACUAGAAGAUACCAUUGAACAUGAAAAGGUGUUACGACGUUCAAUCUACUCCAAUAUCAUUUCCAGAUCACGGUUCCCCACCCCGGCCAAUAUCUCCCUACAUCCAGUGGUGUAUCAAUCAGUCAAUCCCAUUAUGGUUGACAUUGAAGUGAUAUAUGAAGCCAUAAGGCUUGCCAUUGAUUUAAACAAGUUCGAGUAUAUUGAUUUACUUAUCAAUAAGCUUCUUGCCCAUUUGGUUAUGGAGAAACCAUCUGGACACCUCAAACUUAUUCUUUUCUAUGGUGAUGUGAAUAUAGUUGAUAAUGAUAAGUUUCAAGUUGUUCUUGGUAUACCGGAGAUGCGGUCACGUGAUUUUGGUGGUUACAUAUUUACCAAACAAUUGAUAAAACUUGUGUUGAAAGCUGCUAGGAAAUCCGAUGACGUGGGCCGAUUAAUGUGGUUGAUUCCACAUAUCGAUAACUACUUAGCCAGUGUUUUCAAUGGGUGUGUUGAGCAUUUGAAUGACAUGGACGAAUUUUUGCGGUGCUUCAAUAAGUCUCAAAUUGGAACUAAAGAGUACACCAAAUUCAUGACACAAGAUAUCAACUCACCUAUUGAUAUUUGUUUUAUCAAUGAGCUUAGUCAAACGCUACGAGUACUUGGGAUUGAGGGGAAAUGGAAUACAUAUAAUGAGUUAUUGGAUUUUGAUAGAGUUGAUGUCGAGCAGGUUGUUAAGACCAAUAAGGAAGUGGAGUGUCUUAAGCAAACAAUGAAGUAA